ACAUGGCGAAGACGUUCUAGAUUUAGAUCAAGAAUCACAAUUUUCUUUUAAUCCUGGAUCGGAGUUUUACAACCUUUGAAUGUUCGGGAGGAUUCUGAUGUCAAUGAAUCCCACCGUGAAAAUCAACAGAGAGGAUUGCACAUGCUGACGAAUCCUUAGUUGCUUUUUCCCUAUUUCACAAAGGGUGGCGAAAUUGUAAAUGAUGAAAGUGAAACCGCAUUUUAUAGCUUUUUGUUAAUAUUCAGGGUAGCAUAGCGCGUCAGCGCGUUGUUCAAAACGUCUGGUGUGUCUCAAGAAGGAAGUGGACCAAAAUAUUUCAAAAUGAGUAAUCUGCAGAAAUGUAUUAAUAACGCGGACGCAGACGCACGCACGAGAAGGAGACUUAGUUCAAAAGCCGAACUUGUCUAGGUAACCAAAAAGCAGGUCUUUAGUCCAAGACCUGCUGAAUGACUUGUUCUAAAAGGUACAGAAAUUAGGAGAUACGGUAGCUAGAAAGAGUUAUUCGAACACAACAGGGCAGUGAAGGUUUAAUUGCGAGCCAAACCUCAUGCUGUUCUCUGGGAGAGCUUAGAGGUUAUCGCGUUUGAAUGAUGUAACCACCUGUCGUGGGUGCUGUCACAGAACAGCCUUUCCCCGAGCUCCGAGCCCAUGCAUCUGCAUGCCUGCAUGUGUGUGUGUGCGAGAGAGGGAGACUGAUAAGAAGAGUGUGUGUGAAGAGAAGGACCCGAAACCGACAGUGACAGCUCAAUACGUUACAAAGGAGAAGCGCCGCUGCAGAGAAUAUUGGACUGGUAAGAGGAGUGGAUCUGUCCUUGGUCCACCCCAACCUGACCCGACCAUGGCCAAGAAGCUGAGCCCCAAUGUUCUGUACGUGCGAGAGCCCCAGGAGUCUCUGUCUCCUCACGACUCGGACAGGCUGGCCCAGCAAGAAGCCGGAGAAGAGUCAUCUGACAGUGACGGGGACCAGGAGGAGACCUCCCACAAGCUCAUUAGGAAGGUGUCCACUUCCGGGCAGAUACGGGCCAAGAAAAGUGUCAAAGAAGGACUGCUGCUGAAACAAACCAGUUCCUUCCAGAGAUGGAAGAAGAGAUAUUUCAAACUGAGAGGAAGAACUCUCUAUUAUGCCAAAGAUUCAAAGUCUCUAAUAUUUGAUGAAGUUGACCUGUCAGAUGCCAGCGUUGCAGAAACAAGUACAAAGAACAUUAAUAACAGCUUCACGGUAAUCACCCCAUUUCGAAAGCUGAUCCUAUGUGCUGAAAACAGGAAGGAAAUGGAGGACUGGAUUGGUGCUCUUAAAUCUGUGCAGAAGUGGGAAAGUUACGAGGCCAGCCAGUUCAACAUGGAGCACUUCUCUGGGAUGCACAACUGGUACGCCUGCUCCCACGCCCGGCCCACCUUCUGCAACGUGUGUCGGGAUGCCCUCUCAGGGGUCACUUCACAUGGACUGUCCUGUGAAGUGUGUAAAUUCAAAGCCCACAAACGCUGUGCAGUUAGAUCAACGAACAACUGUAAAUGGACCACAUUAGCCUCCAUAGGCAAUGAUAUUAUUGAAGAUGAGGAUGGGGUGGCAAUGCCUCACCAGUGGCUAGAGGGAAACCUGCCAGUGAGUGCCAAGUGUGUGGUGUGUGACAGGAACUGUGGCAGUGUGCGCAGACUGCAGGACUGGAGGUGUCUGUGGUGCAAAGCUAUUGUCCAUAACAGCUGUAAGGAGCAGAUUGGAAAGAGGUGCCCUCUAGGGCAGUGCAAAGUGUCCAUCAUCCCUCCUACAGCCCUCAACAGUAUUGACUCUGAUGGGUUCUGGAAAGCCACCUCACCUUCGUGCUCCAGUCCUCUGCUGGUGCUGGUCAAUUCCAAGAGUGGAGACAACCAGGGCGUUAAGUUCCUGCGCAGGUUCAAGCAGCUGCUGAAUCCCGCGCAGGUCUUUGACCUCAUGAACGGGGGUCCGCAGCUUGGGCUGCGCCUUUUUCAGAAGUUUGUUACUUUCCGUAUCUUGGUGUGCGGGGGGGAUGGCAGUGUGGGCUGGGUGCUCUCAGAGUUGGACAAACUGGGGCUGCACAAGCAGUGCCAGCUGGGAGUGCUGCCACUGGGUACAGGCAACGAUCUGGCACGCGUCCUGGGCUGGGGGGGACUGUGUGACGAUGACGCCCAGCUCCUGCAGAUUCUAGAGAAGCUGGAACGAGCCACUACGAAAAUGCUGGACAGGUGGAGCAUCCUCACAUAUGAAGUUCCCAUGAAACAGUCCUCUCCAUCCAUUAAAGAGGAGAACUAUGAUUCGCCUCUUCAGGCGCAGAUGACUCACUAUGCUGACUCUGUGGCUACCCACCUGACAAAGAUCCUGGACUCAGACAAACACUCUGACGUCAUUUCCUCAGCAAAGUUCUUGUGUGGCACAGUGAACGACUUUGUGUCCGAAGUGGGUAAGGCAUAUGAAAAAGCCACAGAGAACAAGGGAGAGGCCGAUGCGAUGGCAAAAAAGUGUGCGCUGUUGAAUGAGAAGCUGGAUUCACUGGUAAAAGCGCUGAGUGAGGAGUCCGAGGCAGAGAUAGUGCCCGCUGGAUCCCUCCUGCCCCUCCCACAGGUCCUGCCAGGAGAAAGUGGUAACACAGAAGAGCCCAUUCCUAGGGCUUUCAAGUCCAAGGACCAGCUGAUGUUGAGAGCCAACAGCCUGAAGAAAGCACUCCGGCAGAUCAUUGAACAAGCAGAAAAGGUGGUGGAUGAGCAGAACAAGCACACUCAGGUCUACAGGAUGUCUUCCUCCUCCUCAAUGAAGAGAGAGAAUAGCGAGGAUCUGAAAGAGACUGAUAUGCAGCGCCGGGGAACGGUGUCUUCGACCACGUCUUCCAUCUUCCUGGAAAAGUCAGAAAGCUUUAGCUGUGAUAAUUUCACUGAGGACCCAAACUCCAUGCAAUGCACUGAAAAAUGUGUCAUGAACAACUACUUUGGAAUUGGGCUGGAUGCCAAAAUUUCAUUGGAAUUCAACAACAAAAGGGAGGAGCAUCCAAAAAAAUGCAGCAGUCGCACGAAGAACAUGAUGUGGUACGGAGUGCUGGGAACCAAGGAGCUUCUUCAAAAGACCUACAAGAACCUGGAGCAACGUGUACAGCUGGAGUGCGAUGGAGUCCCUAUGUCAUUGCCCAGUCUUCAGGGUUUGGCUGUUCUCAACAUCCCAAGUUACGCUGGGGGAAUCAACUUCUGGGGGGGAACCAAAGAGGACAAUAACUUUGGGGCCCCAUCCUUUGAUGACAAGAAGCUGGAAGUAGUGGCAGUGUUUGGGAGCAUGCAGAUGGCCAUGUCCCGAGUAAUAAAUCUGCAACAUCAUCGCAUAGCACAGUGCCGAGCAGUGAAGAUAACCAUCCUGGGAGACGAAGGGGUUCCUGUGCAAGUGGAUGGCGAAGCCUGGAUUCAGCCCCCAGGAAUUGUCAAGAUCAUCCACAAGAACCGUGCCCAGAUGCUCACAAGAGACAGGGCCUUUGAGAGCACCCUGAAGUCAUGGGAGGACAAGAGGAAGUGUGACGGUUACCGACCGUCAAGGCCAAGACUCAACUCCCAGCAGUCCAUGGAGUACCUGACAGAGGAGGAGUAUGUGCUGGUGCAGCAGCUGGGCCAGGAGGCAGACACCCUGAUCAACAGAAUCCGGGAAGCUGCAAAGACACACAAAAUCGUUGAGCAGGAGCUGGCACAUGCUGUGAACGCCAGUGCUCUCAUUCUGAGCGAGGCUUUCUCCAACAAAUCCAGCUUCCCCGAGUUCAUCAGCCGAAACACUGCGGUUGAUAUUGUAAACAGUGUCAAAGCGCUACAGCUGGAAACUAAAAUGUUGCUGGAUGGAAAGUUACUGCAGAUGGAGUCCCCGCAGGAGGAGGAGCUGCACUCUGCCCUGAACAGUAUGAGCAGCGAGCUUCAGAAACUGGGAGACGUGCACUGGAUCGCACACAUCGUCAACUGCACCGAUGAGGAGACCACCAGGAACAACAGCAAGAGCAGCAUCAAGCUGAAAAUCAUACCCAAGGCAAAGAAGGACAGAGAAAAACUCCACAAACAAAAAUCAAACAGCUCUCUGCCUGUGGAGAAGUGGCGCACAGAGGAAGUAGCAGCUUGGCUGGAUUCCAUUGGGUUAGGGGAAUACAAAGACAUAUUUGUCCGCCAUGACAUCCAGGGGUCCGAAUUGGUUCUCCUCGAGAGACGAGACCUCAAGGAUCUUGGGAUAACAAAGGUGGGUCACAUGAAGCGAAUCCUUCAGGGAAUUAAGGAGAUUACCACGUCCAUCUGACCAGAACAAUGCGGCGAUCCUGGAGGGAUUCACUCCGCUACAAGCUGGUCUUCUUUCCUCUGCGAGGGAUGUGUUAAGAACAAAGGGCAGAGCGUCAUCAUUUAUUCUUUCUAUCCCAGCACGAGCGCGCGCUGAACCCAUUCAAGUGUUGCUGAAUGGGAGUGAGACUGGUGGGGGGGGGGAGGUAUUUCCGAAUCCAGAUGUCUCCCCUGCUUGUAGACUUUCUGAUGAAUGUGCUUUCCUGAGCCCUUGGCUAAGGCCUGACAAUGUACAAUGGUGUUUUGUUUUAGUUUUUUUAUUGGAAGGCCAGCUACGCGUUGAGAAUGAGCUGAAAGCGAAAGGCGAGGGACUGAUUUUAGCAUAGCUGUGAGAUUGAAAACACUCCAGACCUGCCAGAAGGAUAAAUAUCUCAAAGAGUAUGUGGAACAUGUCAUUAUUGUGUGUGGAAAAGGCCUCUAAGAGAAGCUGGGCCUCUUAGUCUUGUUGUACUGUGACCAGAAUCCUGCAUGGCUUCUACACCUUCCCCAACCUCUCAUGGUGAACGUCACGAUUCUGUGCUCUUACCUGUACAUCACACUUGUGCUUUUGUUCAAUUUCUGUACAGUACAUUGGUGCCAAGCCCGUGUGUGUGACAAAGGCACAACAAGGCUGUGUCAACAGAAUUGUGUUUUGUGCAUUGCAAAGAAAUUACUCACCUUGCACUUAAGUCCUGGAUGCAAGACAGCCAACAGUAUUAUCUUCUCUUUUUUUUUUCCCAAAAGGGCCUCUUUGUUUCAGGCAGCAUACAGUACAGCUACAUUAACAAUACAUCACUUUUGUGCAGUUCAUGUUAAUGUGUAUACUUCCAGUAUAGAUACACUGCAUGGCCUUGAGCUAUCAGAAAAAUAUGAACCCUUAACAGAAGUGAGCCUUUUGUUCAGCAUCUUUCUGUAGCCACAUAGGUAGAGCAUUUUAAAAGUGUUCCACUUCUCAAAUGAUUCGCAUGUGAACCAUUUUCAUCACUGAGCUUUUAAUCAACAAGACCAUGUAGAAACAAGCAUUAAACAACUGUAUAGUGUUGGAGCAGGUUCUCUUUUAACAAGAACUACAUUGCUAAGCUGUGGUUAAAGGGCUCAAGAUCCUUCAAGGAUCGCCUUUCCUGUAUAUUAACAUGAUUCAUACUAAAAAAGUGAAGACCUUGUUUUAAGGCUUCACACAGGGUUGCUUGUAUCAUUUGGAUAGUUUAUUUCCCUACACACCAUCAAAAAAUAUUUAAGUUAACAAAGGUCAAAUAACAAAACACCUCAUUUGCCAAACCCCAUUGCAGUCUGUUAGUAGGAGGAUUAAUAGUGUGGAACAAGCUGACAUACUACAUUAAACCAUAAAUGUGAUCAGUUAUAGUACCAACACAGAAGGAAAGCAAAGCCAGCAUGAUAUCCAAGUAUGUCUUAUUCCGCCUUUGUAAAUCAAAAUCUUCCCGAGUCAAAAGUUUAUCCUGGAACCCAAUAUUCAAUGCAUUGAAAACAAAUUGGCCUAAUGUAUAGAAUAGAUAUGAUUUUGCUUAUUUUGCCAUUUUGCUCCAAAGGCUCAGAGUUUCAGUGUCUCUCUCUAAAGUGACACAAUUUUGCUGUUCAUGACUGUUUACACAUCUACAAACUACAUUCUUACUGGGGUGUCAAUAAUUAGAAAGAAAGUAUUGCAAAGAAUCCUAUUAAAAACUGUUGUGAUCCCA